AUGGCAACGUAUGAGCAACUGUUUCCGAAAGAGACGACGAUCGAGUUGGCGAAUCGAAUGGUUCGACGAAUUCUGCAAUCAAAAAGUGUCGAGGGCUUCUCGAACACUCAAAUCCGGCGGAUUCUCAAGAGGACCAUGCGAUUGUUGAGUCCGCUGCCGGCGAUGAUCGAAAUCGAAGCGCCGCUCACCAUAUUCGGCGAUCUUCAUGGCCAAUUGAACGACUUGAUUCGCUAUUUCCAAGCUGUCGGGUUCCCAAGCGAUCGUAAAAUGCUCUUCCUCGGCGAUUACGUCGAUCGCGGCGGAAAUUCAUUCGAGGUCAUUAUGCUUCUAUUUUGUUAUCUCGUCAUGUACCCAAAAAAUGUUUAUAUGCUGAGAGGCAACCACGAAUGUCUCAAGAUGAAUCGAUUAUACGGAUUUCAUUCGGAAUUGAAGCGAAAACGCAAUUUGACGAUGUGGGUGAAAUUCCAGAAAGUCUUCAAUCAGUUGCCGCUUUGUGCGACCAUCUCGCGAAAAAUUCUGUGCAUGCACGGCGGAAUUUCGGAGCAUAUCACUUCAUGGAAGUCGCUUUAUGAUUUGAAGAAGCCCAAUAGGCCAAAGCUUUGCGACGAAGGAAUCGCGAUGGAUUUGAUGUGGGCGGACCCCACUCAGGAUAAAUGCUCGACGUUUGCUUCAAACACUAUGAGAAGUAUUUCCGUUUUGUUCGGCGAAAAAGCCAUAAGCGAUUUGCUCGACAUGCUCAAUUUGGAGCUCGUUGUUCGUGCUCACGAGGUCUCGCAAGAAGGCUAUCAUUUUUUUUUCAACAAAAAAUUGGUCACCGUUUUUUCGGCGCCGUUUUAUUGCGGAAAUGAUGUCAAUUGCGGAGCGAUAAUGCACGUUUCCAACAAACUCGAGGUCUCUUUCACCGUUCUUCGCCCAUUAAUGGUCCCGACACCCGAGAACUUCCAUUUAGCGGUGGCCAUGGAGCAGAAUUAUAAGGAUUUGAGGGCACCGAGUCCUGAUCCAAAUCGUGGAAGACAUUUGACACCGGCUCCUGCUGACUCUGAAGAAGCUCAUCCAAAUAAGGAAACAGAAAAACCAAAACAAAGUAUUUCUUAA